GGAGCUAAUAGAGGUCGACAGAUAACUCUAAUGCCGCUCUAGCAAUAUUCUGACAAGCAGUCGAACAGUCGCGGUCGGUCGAACGCAUCAUGAAGUUUUUAUAUGUUUUAUUGGCCAUAAUCGGUGCUGCACUCGGUGAAAUUGCUAAAUUCCAGAAAUGCCCUGAAUCGCCAGACAGCGUAUGCACCGUCAGUGAAGUAAGACUAACACCAUGCCCCAACCCCAAACGGUGUAAGAUGACCGCCGGGACCCAGUCCUCCAUCUCAUUUGAUUACACUCCGAAGUUCUCAACGGAGAAGCUGCUAGCAGGAUUGUUCUGGGCGAGUGACAGAGGAGACAUACCAUUCCCAGAUCUGACCGAAGCCGAUGGAUGCCAGUUAACCAAGUGUCCUGUUGAAGCUGACAAACAACAAACUUUGGACUACAGCAUCCGGCUGAACAAGAAGUUGCCUUCCGUAAGCUUCAUCUUGUAGUGGAAUAGAAGGACUGA